AUGGACAAAUAAGAACAAGAAUUAGUGAGCGAAGUCUAAAAAUUAUUCUAUAAUUGCCAAUUAAAUUAAUGCAUUAAUGUAGUAAAUAAAUUGGAUAUUGAUAGGAGUUUUAAUUGCCAUAAAAUUAUGUAAUAUUAUAGAGGGCUUUCUUUGUUUGAGAACUAGGAAACAUAAAAAGGUUAUGAAUGUUUCGAGAGUGUAAUUGAUGAGAAUCAAAAAUAGAAUUAAGGAAAAGUUAAUGAGGUAGACGUUAUGAUAAGAGUUAUGUACUAAUUAGAAAUGUAUUACACAAAUGUAUAGCAUGCAGAAAAGUUAAAUUUUAAUUUGGAGAAAGUGUUUCAAGAUUAUGAAGCACAACAUUCUUCGUUGCCUAAUUAUAAAAAAGAAAUAUAUUUAUUUGGAAAAGGUAUGUUUUUGUUCAUAGAAAAUAGCAGGGAGUAAAAUUAUAUUGAAUGUACAAAGCUCGUUGAAGAAGCUAUAGAGCUGACUUAAGAGUAUAAGCAAGAAAUGAUGAUUGCUCUAGGAUGGAUGUAUUACAUAUAUUAAAAAACAGAUCUAUCCUGUAAGGUGCAUUAAUAACUAUAUUUAAUAAAUCCAAGAUAUCCAAGCUUAGCAAAUAAUUUUGCUAUCAGCUUGCAUGAAAUUGGAAAAAACGGUAAAGCUGAAGAGCUCUUUUUAGAAGAAGAAAAAUUGAGGAAUAAUAAUUAAAUAUCUAUUUAAAACAUUGCUCAAUUCUACUUUUCAUUAGAAAAUAUCCAUAAGGAAAGGGAAUACUAUGAAAAGUUAUUUUCAAUUGUCCCUAAAACUGCUAGGAUUUAUCACAAAUACGGAUAAUAUUUAAUCAGAAUUGGAUAAAAAGAAAAAGGUCUUAGCUUAUUGAUGCAAGGCUUGCAGAUAGAUCCCUAAUAUUGUCCCAUUUAUUAGGAUUUAUCUGAUAUAGAAUAUGAUAAUAAAAAUUAUGUAAAAGCAAAAGAGUACAUUGAAAAGUGCAUUUAUUAGUACCCAAAAGAUGGCUACUACAUGUAUCGCUUUGCUGCCUGCUUGGAAGCUCUUGAAAAAUAUCAAGAAGCAAUAGAAGCAUAUAAAUAAGCAAUAAUUCAAAAAAAUUAUCUCCCAUACAAAAUAUUCUCGAAUGCUAAGUUGGGAAUGCUUCACUUCAAGUUGAAUUAGCAUUUAAAAACUCUUGAAGAAUUUUUAAAUACUUGCAAUUAUAAAUCAGUGCAAUCUUAUCAGUAGAAAGGAAAUAUAAUACAAGCAUGCUUUUUUUUAAAUCAAUAAUCUAAGAUUUCAUUAAAAGACAAACUUUAAUAAAUUAAUAAAUAGAAUGGAUACAUAGUAACGAGAUUCGAGUAAUUUUCAAUUCAUGUUGGUGAUAAAAACCUUUCAAAAUUAUUUUUAUAUCGAUUAGAUAAUUUAAGAGCAGUUCUAGCAAUAAUUGCAUACUAAAAAUACAUAGAAUCAGAAUUAAUUUUUUAAUCAUAAAUCUUACAUUGGGAUUUAUUCUUAAAUUGA